AUGGGGGUGGCACCAUCCACGAUGAAAAUGACCCUGAAUGACGACCUCCGGUACUUCUCUUACAAGCGCCGAAGAGGUCAGUUGUUGACAGAGAAGGGCCGCGAGCGUCGGUUGGGGAACGCCAAGAAGCUACUCAACUGGCUAAAACAUCCCGUGGAGCCUGGCACGCUGUGGUUUUUCUCUGAUGAGAAAAACUUCUGCCAGGACCAGAAGUUCAGUCGCAUACACGUCAAUACACGGCAACACACGAGUACUUCCCGGGCUACUGGCUAUAACGAUGCCAAUCAACAACGGAAGCUGCUGCCUCAGCACGUAGUGUAUCGUUUCACCAUCGACAGCAUCGAGACCGCGAGAUCUGAACAUUACGACAAUCUCAAAAAGCAGCAACAAAAGCAACAGCUCAAGAGGCAGCCACCUCCUCUACAGCCAAGGCCACUACAGCCUAUAAGACCUAACAAUCAAAUACCCCUCAACGACGAGGUCAGUAUCUUACGUGUCGGUUACGUACAGCACACAAAUAUCAGUACUAGCAACGCGAGUGCGACCACCGUUGUCAGUGGCACAGGAGAGCAGGUUUUAGAUGAUUCAAGUAACGCCACCAUCGUUACGAUAGAGCUGCCCUGGAAUCCGAUUAUAAAUAGUGGAGCACAAUCACCGGCAGCUGCCUGUACGGCACCGAGCGCCCUAUCGCCACAGCAAUCGAUAACGUCCGUCGGAUCCGGCAAUGAUCAGCAGUUGAGUGUGUUCCGGUUGCAAUCAAUCCCAGUGUCACAAGCAUCCACGUCCUCACUGCGCACCACCAACGGGAAGACUACGAUCGUUGUUACGGGCAGUGGUACCAUUCCGCCCGCCGAUACAGACGAUCGUUCGUCACUCAAGUGUUUGGAAACGCUCGCCGAGAAGGCGGGCAUCACGUUUGACGAACCGUACGACUUUCUUCCCGACACGCUGGAGAAAUCGCAGAGCCCGGCGCAGGUGGCGCAGCAGGCCACGGUGCCGCUACAGCUGUCCCAGGAGCAGCUAUUCCAGUACCAGCAAAUACAGGCGUACGGUGGUACGAUCCAGGUGAAGCAGGAGUACACCCCAACACCGACCGGACAGCCCGGUUCGGCCGGUGUUGAUCAUCAGCAGCAACAGCAGCAACAGAUGCAACAACAACAGCAAGCUCAGCAACAGCAGCAACAGCAGCAGCAAGCACAGCAGCAACAGAUGCAGGUCCUGGCCGAGGCAAGCGGUGUGGCACCGUCACAAAGUCCACACCAUGCGCAAACCCUGCAACAGCAGGCCGCCCAGCAGCAGCAGCAGCAACAACAGCAGCAACAAUCUGCAGCAGCGGCUGCAGCAGCCCUCAACAUGUCCCCACUGCAGGCAAUGGCCAGCGGACAACAGCUCUCAUCGACCGAUUGGCCACACGGGCGCGUGGUCGUACAGCAGCCGAUCUCAAACGCACAGUACCUGCAGCAACUGUACGGUGCGCAACCGAUCGUUUUCCCACCGUUGGGCGGUCAGCAACAGUUUCAGCUGAUUACCGCCUCGAAACCGUUCCAAGGUACACCGCAGAUGCUGACGACGACGACCGGCAAACAGGUGAUCGGUACGACGGCGGCGGGUAACUUCAACGGUCCCUUCACAUUCUUCUCACCGAUGAGUGUGGUCAACUCGCAGCCACAGGCACAGGCACAAAACCUACUGCCGGCGCUCAGUGCUACUGCGGCACAAUCCGCGGUGGCCGCUGCUACGGGCGCUACCGGGAACAAAGCAGGCACCACUACCCAUCAGCAGGACAUGCAGAAAGCGCUUCAAAAUGCUGUCGCAGCAGCUUCCGUCGGUACGGCCGGGCAGAAGGUGCAGCUGCAGAAGCUUGGUACGGCGACAGGUUUAACCGGUACCGCUGGUACGGCGCAGCAGCAAAAUCUGGCUGCACUGACACAGCAACAAGCGGCUGCUGCGGCAGGACAGCAGUGCGUACAGGUGUCCCAAGCACCAAUGCAAACGGCCCAGCUGCUUAGUCCGCUGCAACAGCAAGGCCCGCAACAGAUGCAGUUCUCAACGCAGUGGCCCCUGCAGGGACAGCUUUGGACCACACCGAAUGGGCUUCUCUCGUCGAAUCCGAUCAUCAUUCGCGGUACCAAUCCGGAUGGUACACCGAACGUAUUCUUUCCCAGUGCGCAGCAAACGCUCCAGCAAGCGCCACAGACUCACAAUCAAACUCUUGCACUGCCCUGUACGAUCACUCAGUCACCGCAACAGGUUACCCAGCAGCAACAGCAGCAGCAGCAGCAGCAACAGCAACAACAGGUGCAACAACAGCAAACUGGGCCACAAGCAAACGUUAAUCAAGCUACCGGAACCGGUGUUGGACAGGCUGGUCAACUCGGUACCGGAAAUGCCGGUACCGCACAAACCAUCGGAACAACCGGUGGUUCGACGAUGCAGACACAAAAGAAUCUUGCGGGACAGCUCGGUACGAAGCAAGGCCAACGGCCGCAGAUACUGCCCCAGGGUGCUUCCCCCAUUCGUCCGUCCGUGUCGACCCAAACGGCUCAAGCACAGCAGAGUUUGCUCAACAAAGCGGGCAGCAAAAUGCGUACCAAGCAACCGAUGGUUCGUCCUUCGGCACCGAUUAUCAAAACUGAGCUCGGAACCGGUACGACGACGCCACAAAAACUUGGCCAAACUCCAAGCCAAUCGACGACACCACAGCCGACACUGCAGCAGGUUGUAACCAGCAGUGGAAAGGUGGUGUUAAUGAACACAGGCACAGCGCUCAGUCCGGCGGUGCUUAAUAUGCCCAUCUUGAGUGACAGUAAGCAGCAACAGCAGCAGCAACAACAGCAGCAAUUGCAGCUUCAGCAACAUCUAAAGACGGCUCAGCAGCAGCAGCAGCAGCAGACGAACAAUCAACAUAUUUUGCUUCAGCAACAGGCAAUUUAUCAACAGCAGAUGAUGCAACAACAGCAGCAACAACACCAAGCGCAGCAUCAGCAAGCCCAACAACAAGCCGCCGCCCAACAGCAACAGAUACACCAGUUGCAGCAGCAAAUCCUUCAGCAGGCCGCCGUAGCGGGUCAAGCAAACCAAGCGCAGCUGCUUACGAAUGCUGCUCAGCAGGGUCAGCUGGUACAGACGGCAACUGCCGGCGGUGCACAGCAAGGCAACAUAGUGCAUCAGCUUGUGUUCCAGCAAGGUCAACCGAAUCAACCCGGCAUGAUGAUCAACGUUUCGUCUGAUGCUUUACUGCAACAGCAACAAGUACAGCAGGCCCAGCAGCAACAGCAAGCUCAACAGCAAGCCCAACAGCAACAGGCGCAACAAAAUGCGCUCCAACAACUAGCCAAUCAACAAUCGGCGGCAGGUGGACAGACUGGCGGCAAGGGUGGAGCCGGUGUUACCACCACGACGCAGAUGAUUAUGGCUGCCUCACUCGGGCAGCCAGGAGCGGGCGAUCGUACCACCAUCGUAUCGCAAGGUGGACAGGCACUGCAAAUCGAUCGCAAUCUGCUACCGGUGUCGAUCGCCAAUAUCGCCGGUAAUCCGAUCGUAGUCACGAGCAAUGGUGCUACAAUUUCACCCAUCCACCAGGCGGCCAAUCAAUCGAAUGUCGCCACCACGAAUGUUGUAGCUGCCACCCAUCAGCAGCAGCAGCAGCAACAGCACCAUUCACAACAGAUACUGGUAUCGUCGAUGCCCAGCUCAGUGCAUCAAUCCGGACCGAAUCCAAUCGUGGCGAUGACAUCGCUGUCCGCUGCCCCAAUGUCGGUCGCAUCGAUCAUCAGCUCGGGCACGAUACCUUCGAUCUCUUCCGGUGCCAUUACGACAACUGCUUCGCUCGGUGGACAGCAGCAGGCAACACUGGUUGCGUCUACCGGUGGCGGUACUCAGCCGGCUCUGCUUAGCGCUGGGAAAGAAACGGACCCAAAAGCAAUCAGUGUAGCGAUGCAUCAGUUGCAGCAGCUCUCUACACCACAGAAGCAGAUCCAGCAGCAGCAAAUGCUGGACAAUAUGAAUGCGCUGGCAGCUGCUACCGGUGGUACGAUGAUUGGUGGUUCACCGAUUGCUGGUGGGAAUGUGAGUGGUAUAUCGUCACUCCCUGGCUCGCCAGCCACCUCAACCGCGAUGAGCAUCAUGAAUGCGGGUACCAAAAUCCCAACGUCCAUGGGUGGUUUGAUGGGUUCUCCACAGGCUGUUGGUGGUGUAAAGCUUGGCGUAUACCAGGCGCAGGGGUCGCAGCAACAACUACAGCCGGGUAUCGGUGGUUCUACGACGGAUGGUACGGGCAAGGACAAGUCCGGUGGUUCUGAAGCGAGUGGUAAAGAUUUGGAUCAGUCAACGACGGCCACGGAUAGCAGUUCCGAUGCGCAAAUGAACGGUACCGCUGGUACACCGAUGGACACCACACCCGCCCCAGGCACCGGAACAAUGGUGUCCAAUUCAAACGGAUCGAGCAGUACGCCCGAUGCAUCGUCUCCUCUGUCAUCACUCGCUUCAGCAGUAUCCGUACCUUCGGUACUUUCUGCCUCUGUGUCCCCUACAUCCGUUACAACCACCGUGAGUAGCAGUGCUACGCAAAACGCAACAACGACACCGGUUACUGCAACACCAACAACAACAACAACAACAACAAGCUCAACAGAUGAUACGACAAAAGACUUUACGGUGACAGCAUCGUCUACGGUGUCCGCCUCCACCACAACAACAACAAUGACGACGAUGGGUACAUCGAGCACCACCACUAGCUCUACGACAUCCACAGUGCCUACGACAGCGAUCGCUACGGUAACGGGCACAUCGGCAAUCCCGGUCAGCAAUAUCGGUCCCAAUGGGUUGCUCUCUACCAACGGAAGCGUGUCAUCUUCCGGCACGAUUGCAACGUCCUGUGUUACAACCUCUUCGACUGGAUCGAGCGGCGGUUUGCCACCGAAGACGGCCAGCAGCGCCGAUAAGGGUGGAAUUCCAAAGGCAACGAUCAAACCGAAUGUGCUGACGCACGUGAUCGAGGGUUUCGUGAUACAGGAAGCGAAUGAGCCGUUUGCCGUACAGCGGCAACGAUACCCAGAGCGGGACAGCUCCGAUGAACCACCGAAAAAACGGUCCACAACGGAAGCAAACAGUCCACUGUCGCCAUCCAAUCAAACCAGUGAUAUGGGCAACUGUGAGGUCUGUGGUAAGGCGGAAAUGCGCACCAAAAUGAAGAAGAAACGCUUCUGCAGUGCGUCCUGUGCACGUUCUGCCAAGCAAGGCUCACCGGAUCAGUUAUCAACUCCGGUACAGAAUGGAACUAGUAAUUCCACUCCUACUCCAACGACUCCACCAUCUGUAGCGUCGGCCCCGGUCGACGGUUCAAUCGUUGGCUCCAUGAACGGUAUGCUUAGCGCUCCAUCCACUCCAGCGGGCGUUGCAGUGACGGGUGUUGUUGAUCCUUCGCUCGGAACACUUCCACUCGGAGCGUUGGCGUCACCAGCGAUGAUAAAUCCAACCCUUGGUGGAGUCCUACCCACCAUUAAGAUGGAUGUGGAUCCACAGAUGCAGGCUGCCUCUCUCGCACAACAGCAGCAACAACAACAACAGCAGCUACUGCAACUUCAGCAGCAGCAGCAGCAGCAACAGGGUCUGCUUCAACCAGCAACGCAACCACCUUCGGGAAUGCUGAUAGCGGAUGUACCCGCCUCACCAGCGACACCGGUGGCCGUUGCGGCUGCUGCUGCGGCCGCCGCAGCUGCUGCUGCCAAUAGCGAGGAAGCCUCCUCGAUACUGCGCUGGACGGUUCAGGACGUGUACGAAUUCAUUCGGGGGCUUCCUGGGUGUGCAGACUAUGCGGAAGACUUUGUCAAUCAGGAGAUCGAUGGUCAGGCGUUGCUGCUGUUGAAAGAGAACCAUCUCGUCAGCACGAUGGAUAUGAAGCUUGGCCCGGCACUGAAGAUUGUGGCGCGAGUAAAUCUCAUGAAGGCAACCGUUGCCCCAGCCGAAGGACAACAACCCGCGCAGUAAGCUCUCUCGCUCUCU